GGUCCUUCGGACUUCCGGGUGUGUGUAAACAGGCUGCGGACUGAUUCGCCUCGGAAACAAAAAUGUCUAAAGUCACAUUUAAAAUCACCCUGACGUCGGACCCGCGGCUUCCGUACAAAGUACUGAGUGUUCCAGACAGCACGCCAUUCACUGCAGUUUUGAAGUUUGCAGCUGAGGAGUUCAAAGUGCCAUCAGCAACCAGUGCAAUAAUAACAAAUGACGGAAUAGGAAUCAACCCGGCCCAGACAGCAGGAAAUGUGUUUCUAAAACACGGCUCGGAGCUUCGCAUCAUUCCCAGAGACAGAGUGGGAGGACAGGUAGACUGAUGCUGCGUUUCCUCGAUGACGGCGUAAUGACUCAUCCGGCAGAAUCAUCUCACACUCGAGACCCGGGAAACUCCUCAGCGUGUGUCCUAAUUAUUUCUCUGGCCCACAACUGACAGUGACUCACAUUAGUAUAUAUAUAUAUUUAAUCUUGACGAUGACUUGCACUCACACAUGCAUGGUCCCUGCUUCUUCAGUCAUUUUAUUUCCAUCCGUAAGUGUUGUCCCAUCAGAGGACUGGAAUCAUUACCCAGAAUUCCCAGAGGUACCAUGUAAUCAUUAUAGACGAACACAGCAGAUGCAUCCUGGGUAACAUUUAGUCAAAGAUCAAGAAACGACUGCGUCAACAGUAGUUUUUCUACCUUUGUAAAUGACAAUAAACAUGACUAACAGCACA